AUGGCUAUCCUGUCCGUGCCGAUAACACCACCAUCCCCAAACUUGCAUGUCAUGGGUACUCCCCUUUUUGGGACCAAAUCUACCCAACAUUCUCACAGUUACACUCAGUCGGCAUUCAAUGUCCAAGCUUUGAACCACAAUCCCACUCUACCAAAGCGUAACUUAUGCACUUCACGAUGCAAUCCAAUACCAGUUUCUAAUAUGUCAACAUUCCCGAUUGUUGUGACCCCUAUGACGUCUCCUCAAUCCUUGCCCGUGGAGGUUGUUGACUUGAUUGUCAACCAAGUGAUUCUUCAAAUCCCUGUUAUCCCUUCCAACGCUGUGAACAGUGCCGAAAUUCCAUCACAUCACCAUGCAUACAUUGUACAACUUUUGCAAUCACGCUCACUGGGCUGA